GAGCCAUUUUACUUUCUAUCUUUCCUUUCAUCUCCCUUGCAGCUUUUACAGCUUCCCCACUUUUCUAUACACAGAAAAUGAUUGCCCGUCUCGCCAUCGCCGCUCUUCUUGUCUCAAGCUCUCUUGCCUGUCUUCCAGGACUUGGAGGACUUGGUGGAGGAUGUGGUGGAGCCGCUGCUUCUCCAUGUGCUGCUCCUCCAAUGCCACCACCAGUUUCCUGUGGAGGAGGAUGUGGAGCUGCUCCAUACCCAGCUGGUCCAAUGGCUGCUCCAUACUUCGCCCCAGCAGCCAUCGCUCCACCACCACCACCACAAGGAGCCGUGAUCGGAGUUGGAGCUCAGCCAGCCGUUUAUUCCGCUCCACUUCCAGCUGGAAAUGCUUACGUUGGACAAGGAAAAUAAAUGGAAAAACAGUGAAUAACUGGUCCAUAGCCAUCUAUUGAUCUUCUUAUCUUCAUAAUUUCUGUAUAUUUGUUGGUUAUUUUUAUUUUAUUAUUUGACAAUUUUUAAAUAAAUGGUGACAGUUGAAAU